AUGUGCGCUAAUGAGGCUGCAGUGAUGGGCACUGAUAGGCUGCACCGAUGAGCACUGAUAGGCCCUGAUGAAGAGGCACUGAACCAGGGGCGAACUGACAACUCAUGGGGCCCCCGGGCAAUAGGGGAUCAUGGGGCCCCUGUGUCCUUGCCCAAACUCAAAAAAGCCUAUGCAAAAGGUACCAGGGCAUCUCAUGGGACCCCCUACUGACCCCGGGCCCUCAGGCAGUGCUCGAGUUUCCAAAUGGUCAGUCCGCCCCUGACAAGAACUAUCUACCCUUCUUGGCAAAAUCUAAU